AUGGGAAGUGGUCAGCCGCCUACUCACCCAACUUGGAGUUGGAGUUGCGCACAGGCCAGAAGCAACCAUCAGGCUCCGGGUUAUGAGAUUGAAAGACCCAAUGACACGGCAGGAAAAGGCUGGAGAUUUUACCGGAUAUGGUGCAGUUAUGGACAAAGCAACUGUAUCGGAGAAACCGGAAGAUUACUGCGGACGCGAAUGGCCGAGCAUGCAGCGGUGGUGAGAAAGGAAGUCGCCAUCUUUCAGGUUGCAGCUCACUCGACGGGACCCGGCCAUAUUUUCAAGUUUUUCGAGGCCAAAAUCCUCGCAAAUGGUGACAACCGCGUGAGCCGCGAGCUGUUGGAGUCAUGGUUGUCAGGCCCUCAGUCCAUCAACAAGCGCAAACAUUUGGCGUUCCCACCCGGUGUACUGAGAAGUUUCUUAAGCAAGAGAAUCAGUCACAUUGGAAGAGCCGGGCGCAGCAACAACUCUGACGACAGCGAGCAUAAUUGUCGCGCAAUUACCAGGCCCGCAUCCAACGCUGACAAGACAAUUGUGGCAAUUGGUGAGUCGAACGCGAAGUGUCAAGCCAGUACCGCAUCAAUUAAGACCCCAAGCGGUGGCUACAGAAGUGAAUGA